AUGAAGUUCUGUGAUGGAUGUCGUAGGACCAUACUGCAGAUUUCUGGUGGCUGUAUGAACAUAGUAUCAUCGACUUCUCCCAAAUCACGGCACUCAGCCUUGAUAUUUAUAUUGGAACCACCAUAUUUUCAAAAAAGGGGGAUCAGGUAUAGCUCCCGACCAGUCCGAAAACUCAUUACGGAGAGAAUCAUUAAUAGGCGAACUUGGCUUGAUUCUGACGAAAAAAAGCCUGUCCAUGAUCGAAAUCAUAUUGAAUUGCACCCUGCAUUCUCCCCGAGAGAUGAUCCACUAAAGCUAGCUGAGUUUGUACGAAGGACUUUGGAACGAGAUGAUUUCGAACUUGCAGCUAGAGUUGUUCGGGAGUCAAGCCGAAAGAUACAGUGUGUGGUCAGCUGGAAUCAUCUAAUUGAUUGGCUUAUGAAAAAGGGGAAAAUAAAAACUGCGACUAAAAUCCAUAGUGAAAUGAAAAAGCGUGGCCAGACCCCUGAUGCUUAUACCUACACAAUCAUCUUAAGAGGCUGCUCUCAGCACCAGCACUCAAAACAGGCUCUUGCAAAAGUGCUAACGAUUUACCAAUCUAUGACACUAGAUAAAUCACCGGUUAAGCCAAACACUAUUCAUACGAAUGCCAUUUUGAAAAUGUGUGCCGCGUCAGACGAUAUCGAGACAAUGCUUUCUAUUGCUGCUGAUCAGCCAUCAAGUGGUCCGCAAGCAUCAGACGCCAUAACAUUUGUUACAAUUCUUAAUGCUAUACGACAUCACGCCAUCGGUAGACUCCCAAUGUCACCAAGUACAUUACAGCUCAAAAAAAAUAUAAGGGAAGCAGUGCUCCAAGGAUUAGAAAUAUGGAAUGACGUCAUGAGGCGCUGGCGCAAGGGAGACAUGUGGAUUGACGAAGAGCUCGUUUGUGCAAUCGGACGCUUAUUAUUGCUAAGUGAAGAGAGGCAGCACUGGGACCAAAUAAUCUCUAUUAUCGAGACGACCAUGGCUAUUCCUCGCCAGCUGCCUAUAUAUUCUAAUCAAAUAAAAGCCCCUCUCAUUCAUGACACUCAGAGCCAGACCCAAUCUGUUCAAGCUCCUAGCCUAUCAAUCUCAUCCUCAGAAUCGCAACCUCAAUCGAGCAACGGAACACCUGAAGUUCCAAUCACCCGAGUGUUAUCAGCCACUACAUCUCUGGUCGACUCUAAAGUUGGCGUGUACACAAAGCCAGGACGCAAUACGCUUUCUCUCAUUAUGAAUGCUCUUCUUUUACUGUCCUCAAAAGAGCCAGCAACAAGAUACUGGAAAUUUUUUACCGAACAACUCUCAAUUGAACCUGAUCUAGAGAAUUAUGUAUCUUAUAUGAGAAUUCUACGUGUAUUUAGAUCCAGUACUCAGACCGUAGAACUUGUACAAAAAAUGCCUCAGAAUUUCAAGGUAACCAAGAUCUUCCGAAUUGCCAUGAGCUCCUGUGCAAGAGAUAAAAAUAAUAAUAACGCAUUCUCAAGUGCUGGAAAAAUACUAGACAUGAUGCAAAUAACUUUAAGAGAGCCAGAUAUUCCAACGAUAGCUCGAUAUAUGGAUGUGGCUCUGUCGUCUUCAAAAUAUUCUGCCUCAGCACCCUCAUCAAGUAACUCUACACGCUCACUAACAACAGUUGGCAAGCAGAUCCUUCGCGCUCUAGAUCGUGUGGAAAUCCUUAUCUUAAGUCUUAAAAAUCUAAUGUUUUUUAAAGAUCCUGAUUUGAUGCAGAAGUCAGAAUCUGAAAGAGAUGCUUUUUUGGGAAGCUUUAUUGCUUUGAUACAAAAAGCAGUCGGUGCGCAUGAUGUCUUGAUACAGGGAGGGUUAAUAACCAGUAGUUUAAUUCCUGAACUCACAUCUCGACGUUUUAAACUUGACAGUCUCAGAGUUAGAAUAAUGAAGCGCAAAAGAACAGAAGUUUCAAUAAUCCAGUCCAAGGGAUCGUCCAAUAAUAUCACCUCUAACAGACUACACCCAAACCACAAUGCUAGAUAUACAAGGCCCUUGAAUAAAUUGGGAAUCCUCCCUAGUAAUUGUUAUGCAGAUAAAAUUGGAACAAUGGCUAAUAGAUUAGUCCAAGGAGAAACCUAUCACUAA